UAUACAUGGUGUCAAAUUAUUUUGAGAAGAGAGAAGAAAUAAGUUCACUGUACCACGAAAGUCAAAAUACUGAGGAGUCAGUAAAUUUAUUAAAUGAUGCUGAUGAUAAAACUGAUAUUAAUCCAAUUAUAACUAACAAAAUAUCAGAACUAAAUAAAAAGCUAUCAAAUUUAUAUUCAUCUAUGGAUGCGAAUAAUGAUGUUUUGGAAGACAUUCUUCUAAUUCCAUUAUUGGAUGAAAGAAUAGCACUUUCUACAAGAGGGUAUGUUUUAGAUGGAUAUCCAACUACAGUAGUUCAAGCCACAAUGCUAUUUCGGUUCAAUAAUACGAGUUUACUUGAAUCAAAUAUAGAUAUUAAUAAAUUGCCCGAUUUGACAAUUAAUUUAACGCAAAAAGCACUUCAUUUACCCACUGAACAGAACAGUGAUAUCAAUGUCGUUACAAAUACGCUAGAAACAAGUACAAAAAGACGACUCCUGUUCUCAGAAGUUGAUACAAUACACUCAUCAAAUUCUGACAUCGCCGUAGCAUCUAAUGUAGUUAAUGCAGCUAAACCCAUUCUAAAAAAGCAAAUUAAAAAAAAACCCAAACGCUCAAUUUGGAAUGGACGAAAUCAUAACAAUCUCUUGAAAUUACUCAAUUUAUAUUAUGCGCCAAUAAAGAUGAUUGAAUCUCCAUACUUACCACUUAUAUUAGAUACUAACAAAGUUGAAUUACCAGAAAUCGAUCCAACUUUUGAACACUUUUUAAAUAUAGUUGUAAAGGAAAUCAAAUUGAAUCAACACCAUGGAAUAUCGGAGAAAAUUACUGAUUUAAAUAAAACGAAUUCAAUAGUGGAAGGAAUUAACGUUGAAAAUCAAAAAUAUAAAAUAAAACAACUCAAGGAAAAAAUGACAUUGCUAGAAGAUUUUGAGGAGGUAACGGAUUUAGAAUGUAUCGAAAGUUUAUCUAACGAAGAAUAUCUAAUGAAACACGUCACUCCUACUUUGACAAAAUUGAUAGUUCAAGUUGCAAAAGUGAGACCAAAGAAUCCUGUUGAUUUUUUGGCAUACGUGGCACUUAAAGAGAACCCGGAAGGUUUACACAACUUUCCAGGCUACUCAAAAGGAAGUGUGAAAGUACAAAAAAUAUUGGAAAAGUUAUUCUCCUUACAUAAUUAUAAUGACAAUGAUAUAAUAAAAUCAAAAUCAUUAAUGGACGUUUUGAUAGCGCAUUUUACGGAUGACGAAGAUCCUCAAGACAGUGAAGAAGAAUUAUUUAAAUAUAAGCAAGAAUUAUUAUAAUUUAUCCAUAAAAUGUUAUACUUAUUUCACAUUAGUAAAAUAUUUAGUGCAUAUAAAUAUUAUUAAUAAUUAUUUUUUGAUUCUCUAUACAUGACGUAAAUUUGCUAUGUGUAUACUAGGUAUAUUAGUUUUUUUUUUUCGGGUUUUAAAAAUAAUAAAGGUACCUUUACUAAAAAUUGUAUUAUAAAAAAAA